UCCCCUGUCUGCAGGAGCUCCGGGGCCGAGGACCGGGGGCUGCGGGAGGAGCGCGGGGGUGCACGCGCUCCGAGUGUCGGGGUGGACGGUGGACGGAGGCUUUGGGGCCCGGGGAGAGCACAGGGUGCAUGGGCCCCUGGUGCCGGGCUGGGCGCGGGGGCGCUGGCGCUGAGUGAAGGGGCGGUGAGUCCCACGUGCAGCCUCGCCCCAUGUGGGAACCCAGGCGCACGCUCCAAGCGUCUGUCACCUUCGGUCUCCGCGCGGGCCUGUGGAGAAGCCCCCGGUGCGCUUCUGGUCUCCAGCCAAGCCACUGUCGUUUCCUGCGCCCGGAGUCUGUAGUUGUGAACAACUUCCCCUUGGAGCAGCUCCUGGCGCGGUUGGAGGCCAGCGCUGGAGACUGUCCAGAGCAGCGGGACGCUCUACACGUCUGCGGGAGGAAAGCUAUCCCCCGGGUCCUAUCCGAAACACUUGUCCUGAGUGUCCAGGUAUCCGCCAGGCACACACGUGUGUUCAUGGGGUUCCUCGCCAUGUGGGGAUCCCCGGCCGCAGGUCUCAGAAUACAGGUUGGAAUCUGGGCCAGCUCAGAACUCCAGAAUGCAUCUAGAAGCAGCAGCUGUCUCCCAGGCUGCCCACAGUGCCGGAGCCGUAGUCCUCGGAGCUCCCUGCUGGGGGCCCAACCUCGCUAGGGGAGAACCCGGCUCGGCGUCCGCCCUUUCCUCCGCACCCCCAUCCCAGGCCCCAGUACAGGUGGCCUCUCCUCCCGGGGGCCCUGCUGCUCCUGUGUGGCAGCCCGUGCUCCCGGGAUGGGGCCAAGCAACUCCCCGUGACCCUGCAGUCCAGCCAUGGGCCCAUGAGCUGGCAGCCCUCCGCCUGUUUUGGAAGCUUUGGGAAGCGCGUCCGGUGGUGCGGAGCCAAGUGUGGGAGGGACGCACCUUCCAAAGUGGGCCCGGCCUGGUGUGGCGGGUGUCCCUUUAGUUCGGAUCAGUGCCACCGAUCACGGCCCUGGGUGGUGGUCCCGCAGCGGCCGCAGUGCCGGCUCCUUGAGGCCUGGCCCUUCUCUCUUCAGUGAGGCCUGUAGGGGCAUUUCCGCCUGUGACGGGUGACAGAGGUCAGCGCUGCCUUGCGGCCCCCUCCCCGCAGUUCUGCCCUGGGUACCCCUGCAGGGGCCUUCUCACCGUGGGGAGCCAGGGGUGCUGGUGAAGGGCAGGCCCAGGACUGUGCCCCCCACAAGAAGUUGGAGGAGGGCCUUAUGUGGGUGGAAGGGACAGAUUUUAAAGCAACGCUCAGGAAAAAACGUCAACCAGGAAUGAAAGUGGCCAUUUCUGAAGGGAGCCCUGCAGGGUCUGGUACCUUCUGUGCUUCUCGGCAUCCUCACUGCUGUUUCUGCUUCCCUGGCACGGGGCAGGGGGAGGCCGGGCUCCAGGGGUCACUGGGCCGCCACGGAGCGGUAGAGGUUUCCUAGGAUAGGCGGCUGCCUUUGUCCAGGGUGGGCAUCUUCACUCACGUCCUUGGACAGCGGGUCCCUGGCACCCGGGCUGAGUGAGAAGCACAGAGGUAGUUGGAGGCCCUCUUUCUGGCGCGCGUGAUGGCCCUUCCCAGCCCCGGUGAGAAGGCUGCCUUCCUUCGGCCACCCCUGCUGGGUGGCAGGCCUGAGGCUCAGGGGCUCCUUGAGCAGAUGUUUUUGGAGACAGCAGGUAGAAGGCUCCCCGUGCAGCCUGGGAGACCCUCCAGCCAAUGGGCUGCAGCCCAGAGGCGAGACCGUGCGCACGUGAGCCCAAGGUGAGCCCUUGGCCCUUUGCUUCCUGUGAUCCAAGAGCAGAGGAGGCCUGGGUUUCUCCCUGCUGGCUGGGGGGGAGGCCCCUCCUUCCUUCCAGCUGUCCCGUAACUCAGGAGGAAGGUGAGGGACUCCAGCACUGAGCACAGCGUCCCCAGAUUGUAGGGGUGGGGCUGGGAGGGAGGGGGCGCAGCUCGUGGGACACUCCCUGAGACCCCAUGUAAACCCCGUCCCUUCAGCCCUGCUCCCCGGGUGUCAGCAGACACUGCCCCCUACCCGCCCCCCACCAGCUCCCUGGCCAUUGCAGGGUGUGGACCCUUGCACGUCCUUGCUUCUGGGGAUGGCGGUGGUCCACCACUGUGUUGUGACCCUGGAGGACUCCUGGGACCCUCAGGGCUGGGUGCCGGGGCCCUGGGGCCCAUCUGCGUGUUGGUGGAGGCGGGAUUGCGAUGUUGGCCCGAGAUACUGGAGGCGGAGCUCUUAUCGGUGACCAGCUGGAAAUCCCGAGGCAGCAGCUCCCUGCGUGCUUGGUCACCUGUUUGGGCAUGUCCGGGGGCCAUGUCAGGGUGCAGAGUCCUGGGGUGUGUCCGAGACCUUCAGACAAACUUCUGACAAGCUCUCACUGGAGUCUCAGAAGCACCGCCUUGGGGUUUCAGAAGCCAUGGGAGUCCAGGAAGUAGAAAGAAGAAGCUGGUGAGCUUGCUGGGUUCUGGUGUCUGAGACUUCCGCCCCGGGAUUUGGGGGACGCCAGGUCUGGCACUUGGACACGCCUGGUGCUGUGGCACCGUGAGAAGCAGGCCGUCAGACCUUGCGGGGGAGGUGCACGCAGCCCGGCAAUCGCAGCCGGCGGCGCCGUGAGUGAGCACGUGAGAGGAGCCCAGUGUCCCUGGGGACCUGGAUCUUGCAUUGCAUUUAGUUUUCGUUACUUAACAUUUAUGGGCCCCACGUGGUUGGCAGCCACCCUAUGGGGGCUGCAGCCCUGGAGCCCCCAGAAGUGGUGACAGCGUGGCCUGGCUGGGCCUGGCUCCUGGAUCGUCACAAGCUCCAGGUACAGCGUCCCCUUCGGUCUCCUGCAGGGCCGUCGGGGGCCUGGGCAGCAUGGCCCUCUGCGGCCCGGAGGUGGAGAAGCAGGUACCGGCGGAGCCCAGGCCGGGCCGCAAGCUGCAGUCCUGGUGGAGCCUGGUGUUCUGCCUCUGCUUCUACGGCUUCAUGUCCCAGAUGCGGCCCGGGGAGAGCUUCAUCACGCCUUACCUCCUGGGCCCCGACAAGAACUUCACGCAGCAGCAGGUCACCAACGAGAUCACGCCGGUGCUGUCCUACUCCUACCUGGCAGUGCUGGUGCCCGUCUUCCUGCUGACCGACUACCUGCGCUACAAGCCAGUGCUGCUGCUGCAGGGCCUGAGCUACGUGUCCGUGUGGCUCCUGCUGCUGUUCGGCUCGUCCGUGCUGCACAUGCAGUUCAUGGAGGUCUUCUUCAGCGUCACCAUGGCGGCCCGCAUCGCCUACUCCUCCUACAUCUUCUCACUGGUGCCCCCCGCCUGCUACCAGCGCAUGGCCGGCUACUCGCGGGCCUCCGUGCUGCUGGGCGUCUUCACCAGCUCCGUGCUGGGCCAGCUGCUGGUCACGGUGGGCAGGAUCCCCUUCUCCACGCUCAACUACAUCUCGCUGGCUUUCCUCGCCUUCAGCCUGGUCCUCACGCUCUUCCUGAAGCGCCCCAAGCGCAGCCUCUUCUUCAACCGCGCAGCGCCCGCCUGUGCCGGGGCCUCGCCCUCCGAGCUGGACCGGAUGAACCUGGGCCAAGCUCAGCCCACGGGUGGGAAGCCGGGCCGGCUGCCGGCCUCCUGGCGGGACUCGGCGCUCGCGCACAUGCUCCGCGAGCUGGGCCACACCGCGCGGCUGCCGCAGCUGCGCCUCUGGUCCCUCUGGUGGGUCUUCAACUCCGCCGGCUACUACCUGAUCGUGUACUACGUGCACAUCCUGUGGAACGUGGUCAACCCCACCGCGGACACCACAAGGGUCUACAAUGGCGGGGCGGAUGCCGCCUCCACUCUGCUCGGUGCCAUCACCUCCUUUGCCGCCGGCUUCGUGAAGAUCCGUUGGGCGCUGUGGGCUAAGCUGAUCAUCGCGGUGGUGACGGGGCUGCAGGCCGGGCUCGUCUUCCUCAUGUACACGACUAGCAACAUUUGGCUGUGCUACUCGGCCUUCGUGCUCUUCCGUGCUUCCUACCAGUUCCUGGUGCCCAUCGCCACAGCUCCGCGCCCUUGUCUUCGGAGUCAACACGUUCCUCGCCACUGUUCUGAAGACCAUCAUCACCCUCGUUGUCUCCGACAAGCGGGGCCUGGGCCUCCCAGUCCGCUCUCAGGUGUCCUCCGUGAGGACUUGGCCCCAGAGCCAAGUGCGCAUUUGCUGUCACACAAGGCGAUCAAAGUGCUACGGGGCAGAUGGCAGAGGCGCAGAAGUGCUGGGUUUGCAGAAGCUCCGCUGGUUCCUCAUCUACUUUGUGUACUUCCUGGUGCUGUUUGUCGCCUAUGUCCUUGCGGCCUUGCUGUCGGGCCUGCGCCACUUCCGACAGGGCCGCCACCAGCCCCUGCCGCCGGCCCAGGAGCUGAUGAGCCCGGUGCAGGAGCAGGCCACGCAGGACGGGCCCGCCCCAGAGGACGGCGUGUGGGCCGUGGGGGAGCAGCCCGAGGCCAAGACCUGACCCUGCCUGGCCUGCUCUCCUGGCCGGUGGGCGGCCAGAUUCCUGACACCAGAGGCAGCCGAGCCUGGGCCUUGACCUCAGAGCUGACACGUCGCCAGCAGCUGCCUGUCUUCUGGGUGUCUGCGGACGGGUUUCCAGCAUCGUCCACAUUGUCAGAUUGUGGCGCUGGUGACUGACGGGACCCCGGUGCUCUGUCCCCGAGACCCAUGCCUCAGGGGCCUCCAGCCUCCGCGAGGGGUCCUUGGCUCACCCCGAGCAGGGCACCCCUCAGCCCUGCUUCACGCCCUGGCCAUGACCCGCGGCCUGCCGGGGACGCUCAGGCAGCUGCCCGGCCACUGGGGGCUGGCCUGCUGUCCCUGCCUACACGUGGCCGGUGGGGGGGGGGUCCACGUGCCCGCCAGACCUCUCUGCUUUCACCCCCUUGUCCCGGGGAAAUGGCAAGGUGGUCCCAGAUGCAAGCCCGGGGGACACGGUGCCCACGGGGUGUCCCGGGCCCUGGGGGUGGGGGCUGUGUUCCUGAGCCUGUGGCUGAAGUGUGACGUCUGCAGUUGUCCAGGUACCUUCGUUGUAAACGAUGCUCUGUUCCUUUUUUAAAAAAACUGACAAAAAUGAG